UGAAGCGCUGUUUUCCAGUAGUGCGUAACUGAGCUGUAAGUGCUUCCUUGACCACUAAUAAUCUCCGAGGUCAUAGCAAGAAGGUUCAUAAACCACGAUCUAAUAAACUUAAAGUGGGAUCCCGUUUUUCUCAUCGAGUAGUCAAUGAUUGGAACGCCUUGUCCGAACAAGUGGUAUCAGCCCCAUCAGUGAAUACUUUCAAGGAAAAGCUGGACCUUCACUGGAAAGCAAUGUGUCAGGAUUAACACAGGUUCAUCAACCUACUAUCCUUAUUACUGAAGACUGAAGACUGAUCAACCUCAGAAUUUUUUACAAGUUCAUAUUCUCUUUUGAAGGUUGCAGUAUUCACCAAUAUAAUUUACUUCGGGCGUUGAGAUUGUAACGUUAAGUUCUGAUUCACUUCGGUUGGUAAUGGUGGAAAUUUAUCACUACAUGAUCUGCUUACGUACAUAAAGUUCUAAAUGAACAACCAGUCCUCAAAACUUCAUUUCUGCUUUAAAGUAGUGUUGGGUUUUCAGUGAGAGGUUAUGUUGCAUGAGUUAUUUUUGACCAAAUUGAACACUCCAUGAUUUAAUCUCAUUUGUCAAUGCCUAUUUUCAACCCUAAAACAGUUACAAAUUUCCUGACUUAUGAAAAAGAGGAAAAAGUGGGCUUUCUAUGGAAAAAGCGUUCAGAACAGAAAAAAUCUUACAAAAAACGUUACUUUAUAUUGUGUGGUAAUAUUUUAGCGUAUUUUGAUAAGAAAUUGGAUAAGGAACCAUUGGGUAUUAUAUUUUUGGAUUGUCAUAUUGUUGAAAUGUUGGAUGAUUUGAAAAUGGCAAUACGAUUCAGAGGACCCGGCGAGUUAUCUCGCAGUUAUAUUUUAAAGGGUGAAACAGCUGAGGAUAUUGAAGAUUGGAUGCGUGCUAUCAGUAGAUGUAGUAUUGAAUUUAUUACUUUAACUCUUGAAGAUUUAGAGGAUCACUACAAAGCACUGACUACAGUAAAACAAACAAAUACAGAUCAGAAAUCAUCACCAUCUACAUUAAUUGGAAAUAAUAAUAAUAAUUCAACUGUUUCAGCUGUUAAGUCCUCAAUAUUUUCUAGACGUUCGAAUCCGUUUAAUAAAAGUAAUAGUGUUACUGGCACUAGUUACGAUAUCGAUCCUACUGGGUUCAAUAGUCAAUCACGCAAAUUGUGUCCAUCCAGUAGUUCCAAUGGUUUAUUAAAUCAAACCACAUCGUCCUCUAUAAAUCAUACUCAAUGGUUAUUAACACAGAAUUGGGAACAAUUAAAUUCUCGUUUAAAAGCUCAAUUCAUGAUAUUUGACAACAAAACUGACACAUGAACAAAUUAAUUACCAUUAAAUUUCAUUUCUGUUUUAUAUAAUUUGUAUAGUUUUGUUAGUAGACUUUGGCUCAAUGCUCAAUGUAAAUAUAAUUUUUAUUUACUUUGAAUUAGUACUAUUAUUAUCUAUUCCAAAUCUUUGACUAACGUUUUAGUAUCAGACUACUUAAUUUAAUGGUUUCAGCUACGUAACUUCAAUUCAUAAACCAUUUCUCAGUUUAAGUAUUUGUGUUGAAUAAAUGCUAGAAUUAUGUUUUUUUCCACUUUUUGUGCAUAAAAAUAGUGUACCAUUGCAAAACUGAAGCUCAUUAUUAUCUAGCUUUGUUUUUUUAUUCAUACUUAUUACUGUACAUCCAAGUAUAUUUGAAUGCUCAAUUAUUUCGGUUAACUAAUAAAAGGUUGUUAUAUGUGGUUCAUUCAAACAUAAAUGGCAAAAUAACUCUA